AUGCAUUGCGUUCUUGCUGUUAUUAUGUCCAGUCUCUUCUCUUGCAAGACCACAUCCUCAACAAGAAGAAGUAGCUGUAAAAAGAUUUUCUUGUUCCUUUUUGUUUUGAAAUGCGAACUCAAAUUAAGAAAUCAUCUUGGGGAUUUUUUUUUCAUUUUAAAUGAUUUUGGUACAGGCCCAGUUUACUUGAACUUUGUGUUGAAUGCGACGGAUUUUCCACCCGAGGACUACUAUGACUACAUCAUUGUAGGAGGAGGGACCGCAGGUUGUCCAUUAGCCGCCACUUUGUCGCAGUCAUUUCGGGUUCUUGUCCUUGAAAGAGGUGGCGUUCCCUACGGUAACCAACAUUUGAUGACCCAAGAAGGGUUCUUGACCACACUCACCGAGGUCAACACCUACGACUCUCCUGCUCAAACCUUUACUUCUGAGGAUGGGGUCCAAAACGCCCGCGGACGAAUUCUUGGUGGCAGUAGUGCCAUCAAUGCUGGUUUCUAUAGCCGAGCUGAUCCAGAGUUUUAUGAGAGUUCAGGUUUAAAUUGGAAUGUUAGUUUAGUUAACCGGUCUUACGAGUGGGUUGAGAGGGAAGUUGUUUUUAGGCCAGAGUUAAAGAACUGGCAAUCAGCUGUUAGGGAUGGUUUGAUAGAGGCAGGGGUUGAUCCUUACAAUGGCUUUAGUUUGGACCAUUUGGUUGGGACCAAGAUUGGUGGCUCCACUUUUGAUAGCUUGGGGAAGAGGCAUAGCGCCGCAGAUCUUCUGAAUUAUGCAAGACCAGCUAACAUUAAAGUAGCAAUAUAUGCAAGCGUGGAAAGGGUAUUGCUGGCAUCUUCUUCUUCAAAUGUGAUGUCUCAGCAUUCAGCAAUUGGGGUAGUGUUUCGUGAUGAAAUGGGAAGGUAUCACCACGCUAUGGUGAGGGAACAAGGUGAGGUGAUGUUAUCUGCUGGUGCUAUUGAAAGUCCACAAUUGUUGCUGUUGAGUGGUAUUGGCCCUAGGCUUUAUCUGUCAUCUUGGGGAAUUCCAGUUGCUUAUCAUCAUCCAUAUGUCGGGCAGUACCUCUAUGAUAAUCCAAGGAAUGGCAUCUCAAUUGUACCACCAGUCCCACUAGAGCACUCACUUAUACAGGUUGUCGGGAUAACGGAAGGGGGAGCUUACGUUGAGGCAGCUUCAACUGUUAUCCCUUUUACAUCCCCUGCACGCUCUGUGUUCAUCAGGGCACCAACUUCCCCUCUGUUUUUAAAUGUAGCUACUAUCAUGGAGAAGAUUGUAGGGCCUGUUUCUUCUGGUUCAUUAAGGUUGGCCUCAACAGAUGUCAGGGUAAAUCCCAUAGUUCGCUUUAAUUACUUUAGCAAUCCAAUAGACUUGGAGAGAUGUGUGAAUGGUACACGCAGGAUUGGGGAUGUCUUGAGGAGUCGAUCUAUGGAUUUUUUUAAAUUCAGUGAAAGGUACGGGACUAGAAAUUUCAGGUUUAUAGGGCCUGCAUUGCCUGUUGAUCAAUCCAACAAUGAACAGAUGGCUGAUUUUUGCCGGCGUACUGUCAGCACCAUAUGGCAUUACCAUGGUGGCUGUACUGUGGGGAGAGUGGUUGAUCAAAAUUACCAUGUUAUUGGAAUCGAUGCACUCAGAGUAGUUGACGGAUCAACAUUUAGUGUAUCGCCAGGAACCAACCCUCAGGCCACUCUGAUGAUGUUUGGGAGGUCAGUGUUGAUUGUCAACUCAGUUUCAUAGUUUCUGUCUUGAGUACGGAAGUUAAACAGACUAACUAAUCAGUGUUACUUUGUUUUUGCAGAUAUCUAGGCCUGAAGAUAAUCAGAGAGCGAAUGCAAUUGAAAUGAUACCUUUUGGGAUGAAAGGCUCUAGCAUGCUGCUGGUCUGUUAUUCAGCUACUCGACUAGUCUUUCUGCUUGUUUUAGUUUUCAGAUUUACCUUUUGGUUGGUACUUGUGCAUUUUUUCUAUAGAUAUAUUACAUGUAUGACUCAAGAGUACUGUUUUGUUAAGUGGUUUGUUGGUUUGAACAAUACGUCCAAUAAAGAAGGUUGCAGAAGACGAAUACUGGUCUGUUUUGCAGAAUGAACAAUUGUAUAUGAACAAACAGCUGAGCAAUC